UUUUAUUUGCGCCAUUUUGGAUUGGGCAGUUUGCGGCUGGCUGUAUUGUCUGUCAGAGGAGAAGCUGUUCCGUCUCUACAGGAACUAUUAGCUGCUUUCUUUUUCACCGGGACGGCAGCUGACAUGGAUCCGCCCUCAGCGCUCCGGGGAGCGGCCCAGCUAGCUGCCCGCUGAGCCUCUCUCCGUUUCCGCCCUCCAGCCAGAGGAGAGCCGCUGUCGGUGAGGGACCGCCGGGCUUCGGAGGGGAGGGCGGGGGCAGACCGACGGCCAGAAGGCAGCAGGGAGGAUCCAGCUGUGCGGGAGGGGGGCUCGGUUCGCUCACACGGGACUCCUGGAUGUGAAAGCAGGUGGGCAGAAUGUUCCAGCUCCCUGUCAACAACCUCACCAGCCUACGGAAAGCCAGGAAAAAUGUCAAGAAGGUCCUGGGAGAUAUCGGCCUGGAGUUCUGCAAAGAUCACCUACAGGACUAUAAAGACUUCAACCCUCCUGAGGUCUACAUCAAGCACACCACCUGGGAGGAUGUGUGCAUGUGGGAGCCGUCCCACACCAAGGGCCAGGACUACCGAUCCAAACCUUUCUGCUGCUCUGGCUGCUUGUUCUCCUCCAAAUAUUUCUCUGCAUAUAAGAGCCACUUCCGUAACGUCCACAGCGAGGACUUUGAGAACAACAUCCUGCUCAACUGCCCCUACUGCACCUUCAACGGCAACAAAAAGACUCUGGAAAUGCACAUCAAACUCUUCCACAUGCCCAGCAACAGCGUGCGGCAGGGGAGCGGCGUGGCGGCGGCGGCCCCUGGGGUCACCACAAAGGACGGGCUGCUGAAGAGGACGGGGGACAACGUUGAACAGGCGGUGUACUACUGCAAGAAGUGCACCUACCGGGACCCUCUGUACAACGUGGUGCGGAAGCACAUCUACAGGGAACACUUCCAGCAGGUGGCCCAUCCGUACAUCGUCAGGCCGGCGGAGAAAGCCAACAGCCACAACGGCGCCGCGGCCGACGGCGGCGGCGCACACGCCGCCAGCAGCGGCCAGAUCCACUGCAAGAAGUGUUUGUUUGUUCCCCGGACCUACGAGGCGCUGGUGCAGCACGUCAUUGAGGACCACGAGCGCAUCGGCUACCAGGUCACCGCCAUGAUCGGCCACACCAGCGUCAUCGUCCCUCGACCCAAACCCAUCAUCAUGUUCCCCCCCAAAGCUCAGGGAGACAAAACCAUCAUCGGCAUGGGCCCCAAAGGAGCCGUGAUGGCCAACCCCAGGUCUCCUGCUUCUCAGCAGCUGAGCCGAGCCGCCGCCGCCGCUGCCGCCGCAGCCAAGGCCGGCUUUAACUCCCACCAUUUCCUGAGCGGAUUAAAGCCCGACCCGCUGGGUCUGAAGGCUGCGAGCGUCCAGCCCUUCUCUCUGGGUAACCAUCAGGCCCGGCCCGCCUUGCCGGGGAACGCCCAGGUCUCUGUGCCGCAGCAUUCGCACGCAGCCAAGCAGCUGGUCUCCACCGGCCUGCGCAGCCCGCUGGGGGUCGGAGGCUCGUCCUCGCUCAGAUCCAACCCCCUGGGUUCCCGGGUGCAGGCGGCCGCCACCACCGUAGCGUCUGUGACGGCCAAGAAAGGCGGCUCCUCUGUUCUCGGCACAUCCUACACCCAGAAGUGGAAGAUCUGCACCAUCUGCAACGAGCUGUUCCCCGAGAACGUCUACAGCUCUCACUUUGAGAAGGAGCACAAGGCGGAGAAGGUUCCUGCCGUGGCCAACUACAUCAUGAAGAUCCACAACUUCACCAGCAAGUGUCUGUACUGCAACCGCUACCUUCCCAGCGACACGCUCCUCAACCACAUGCUGAUCCACGGCCUGUCCUGCCCCCACUGCAGGGCCACCUUCAACGACGUGGAGAAGAUGGUCGCCCACAUGCGCCUCUCGCACCCGGAAGAAAAGGUGGGCCCGCGCACAGACUCCCCCCUGACCUUUGACCUCACCCUGCAACAGGGAAACCCCAAAAACGUGCAGCUGAUUGUCACUACGUACAACAUGAGGGACGCGCCGGAAGAGUCGGUGGCGUUCCACGCCCAGAACAGCUCCUCGUCCGUCGCCGCCACGCUUUCUGCCUCUCUGUUGGCAGGAAAGAGGCAGACGCCUCAGCCGGCGCCCAGAGCGCCGUCAGGGUUCGCCGACGGCCCCCCCAUCAAGAGCUCCUCUCCAGCCUCGGUGCCCUACAAGAGGGACGUGGGGAAGACGCUGUGUCCUCUCUGCUUCUCCAUCCUCAAGGGCCCCAUCUCAGACUCGCUGGCCCACCAUCUGAGGGAGCGGCACCAGGUGAUCCAGACCGUCCACCCCGUGGAGAAGAAGCUGACCUAUAAGUGCAUUCACUGCCUGGGGGUGUACACCAGCAACAUGACGGCCUCCACCAUCACGCUCCACCUGGUGCACUGCCGUGGCGUGGGCAAGUCUCAGAACGGCCAGGACAGCCGCGCCGCCCAUCCGCCCAGACCCACCCCGCCUCAGAGCGCCGCCCUCAAACGGCCCGCCUUCGACAGCGCAGACACCAGUGCGCCGAAGCGACGGAGGCCCGGGCCGCCCGGAGAACGGGCCCACCCUCGCGACAUGAACGGCCCCUCGGAUGCAGAUGAAGGUCCAGAUGAAGCCGUGGUUCUGGCUCUGGAUCCUAAAGGGCAGGAAACCAAGCCCCACGACUCCAGGAAGGCCUUCCUGACCCAGUAUUUCAACCGGGUGCCGUACCCCAGCCAGCGGGAGCUGGACAAGCUGGCAUCCAGUCUGUGGCUGUGGAAGUCGGACGUCUCCGCCCACUUCCUGUCCACCAGCAGGAGGUGUGAGGAGGAGUGUGAGAGCCAGCGUCCCAGCGUCCUCCUGGGCUUCAGCAUGGACCAGCUCAGCCAGCUCAGCCACCAGCUGGACCUCGAGCAGGCGGGGGCCUGCCAGGGAGGGGGCGGCGAGCGCCGCACCUCCAGGACACGCAAGGGCAGAUCGGAGGAGGCGCUACGGAGGCGCAGGGCGCUGCUGGGGGGUCUGCCGACGGACAUGGAGGAUCGCAGCGAGACAAUCAGCAGCAGCUCGGCUCUGAAGACGCCUCCGGAGGCCAUCGCCAUCGACUCUGAGAGCGACGAAGAGGAGCGGCAGAAGGACGAUGAAGGGCCGCUGGAGGGGGCCCGUAUCUAUGGCAACCAGCAGCUUCCUGUCACAGCGGAGCGACAGGAGUCCAGGACAGAUGUCAGGAUGGUUUCAGAUCUGGAUGACAUGUCUGAUGAUGAUGAUGACGAGGACGACGAUGAUGAUGAUGACGACGAUGAUGAUGAUGAUGAUGAGAGGGCGCAUGUAGAGAAUGGCUUCAGCGCCAAUGAGAGCUCAGGGAGGGACCGUCUACCCAUCAUCAUCCCCAAGUUCGUCCCUUCGUCAGCGAGGAGCCAGAGAGACGGAGCCCAGCUGGGCCAGCAGCAGUCCUGACCCCGGGGGCCCCUCCCACUGCAGACCAGCUCAACCAAAAGCCAUCCAGUGAUGCUAGAGACAGAACCCCCCAGGAGAACCCCUCUGGGUUAUGGACCUGCUGUGGCGGCGGCGUUGCCGCUGAGCUCAUGUAAAUCUGUACAGUCUUCUGAACAGGCAGCGUCCGGCGGAGCCCCCUGCUCCCCCCCUCUAGGUGUUGCUCUGUGGAUCUCGGUUCUCAUUGUUUGAAGCCUCUUAGUUUUUUGUCCAAUUUAUAGAAAUAAUCAGAAGGUUUUCUGUCUAAACUGGAUCAAACCGGUUUGUUUCUCUUGGUAUAAAGGCUCCUCUCCUCCAUCUCUGCUUCUCUGACUGAACUGCUCGUUUUCUCUAACCCGGAUGUUUGUGUUCACCGUGUUCUCUGGACUCUUUCUGUUUUUAUUCCAUUCUAUUUUUCACCCAAGCAUUUAUUAAAAAUAAAGUGCUGUCAAUGUGAUUUUCACAGAGCCAGAA